AAAUAUCCAAGCAUAUACGCUCGCUUGCUCGUCCUCACGACCCUCCAAGUCCUCAUAUACAACGACUUUUCAGCACCUUAGUUCCUAAUACCAACAACUCACCACCGCCAAAAUGCGUUUCACUUCCUUCGCCGUCCUCGCCUUCACCUCGGCCGUCAUGGCCCAGGAUGAUGUCGCUACCCCCACGGCAGUUCCUACGGACGUCCCUACGGACGUCCAGGAACCCAGCAUCGGCUUCCCCACCGAGAUCGAGUCCGAGGUCAGCUCCUUCAUCUCCUCGGCCACCGAGUCCAUCGUCAGCGAGUCUGUCUCGAUCUCCUCCGCCCUGGAGGAGGCCACCACUUCUCUUGCGGACGUCAUCUCCUCGCUCUCGUCGGAGCUCGGCGAGGCCACCGGCUCGGCUGAGAUCUCUUCUCUCGAGUCGGAAAUGGCCAGUGCCACGUCGGCGCUCUCCUCGGAAAUCGAAGAUGUCACCGGCACCCCCGACAGCCCUGGUCCCCGCCAGACCGCCGCCGUCGCCAUGGGCGCUCUCUUCGGCGGUGCUGCCGUCCUUGCCAACAUGUAAAGGCCUGCACCUUCUCCGUGCGCUUCAUGACAGUAAUGGGAGCUUGCUCUGGUCCUCCGACUUUUGACGCAAAAAAUGGGCGUCUUCAGCAGCUGAAUCGCCCAUCAGAAAGCAAGCACUUGGAUUUGAACGAAAUGGAUAUUUCGACAGGACUUAAUUAAUAGACGUGCUCGGGGGGUUCUUUGCGAUAAUAGCAAUGGAUUGGCUCCGGUCGCCAAUGAUUUUUUUGUGUUUUUUUCUUCUUACUUUCAAACCUACCUACAUUUUACUCUCUCAAGGACAGUAAAUAACUUAUGCCACUUGUGUCUUCUGUGAGUUCUGUGAGCAGAACGUCUUCAAAUAUCACCAAUUGUCAUUCGUUUGAUGUAGUCCGAAAUCG